UGCCUCUCCUUCUUCUUCCUCUGCUUCGAAAUUGCCUUCGCUUGACUAGCAACGACUCUCAGAUCUGAGUAAUUCACAGAAUGGAACAAAAACUGGCCGUUAAAUCAGACCUUUCGUCGACAACGGCAGUCUUACUUGGAGCGCUAGCUCCUGGCGUUAACGGUCCCACAUGGAACGCUCUAAGAUCAACGUUUCUGAUGCUCGGUCUGUGUCUUGCUGUUAUGCUGGGUUUAGCGUUCUCUGCCAGCGACUCCUCAUUAAUACUUCAUGUUGGUUUUCUUGUUGUGAUCGCUGUCUCCCUCUUCGCGCUUCUAAAUUGGUUUCUUGCAGAGACGGGUCUAGUUUCAGUUGAGCAUCAACUGAAGGAGAUGGACUUAUUACCGAAUGACCACCAAAGUUAACCGAGAAGAGAGAAGAGUUUUUAAAUUGUCAGUAUUAUCCAUACUCCAUUAAUAGUAGAAGGAAUCAUCACCAAAGGAAAGACCUGUAAGAGUGCUUACAUUAUGACAGUUUAGACGAGAGCAUAUAUACACAGUGAUGCAGACAUACAUAAAGAAAUGAGAAGAAAAUCUUGGAAGAAUGAUGAGCAGAUUAUUGAAGCUCCUCUAUUCUUUCUGGUCUGAUCCUGGCAAGAUAGUUGCUUCUCAUUCACUCUUUGCAUCCUUCACCUUAUGUUUGCUCUUUUUGGAUUUGAUGAAGCAGAAACAGGAGCAGCAUGGCAGCUGCAACAAGAAUUUCAUCUCCUUAACUUCCAAUGAUUUCAAAUGUUGCAAAAGUGAAUGUAUUCAGCUGUUCCUUAAAUCAGAUUUAUAUAAAGUUCCCGUCCCCUAUUCUAUUAAUUGGAAGUUCCUUUCCUCUCUCUA